AUGGCAAUUUUAAGCAAAUAUAGUUUAGAAAAAUAUAAUAGUUUACUACUACCUGAAAUUGCAAAUAAUGAAUUAAAAAAUAAAAAUGCCGAAUUUGAUGAAUUAAUAAAAAAUAUUACCCCUAUUAUCAAAAAAAAUAAAAUUGAAUUAGGACUUAGAUUACUACAUGGUCAUAAUAUACCCUUGAAAGGUGAACAAGCUAUGGUCGAGAAGUUUGAUUAUUUUCAAGAGGAACCCGCAUUAAUUACAUCGGCCGAUUCUCCGAAUGCAUCAUAUCCAGCAAGUUGGAUUCUAAGUGAUGAUCAGUAUUGGGUUUUCGAGUAUUCAUCAGAUCCCUACGUGAAGAAAGUAUAUGAAAGACUUGAAGAUUCAUCAGUGUUAGAUGAAAUUAGUGCACAAAUCAGAAAGUACAAGUUAGAUUCUUUGAUUGGUCCUUGCAUCACUGCAAGGGAAACGUUGAACAAGUUUGAUAUGAGUGAAGGUAAAUCUUUCGUUGAACAUACUAUUAAGAUUGAAGAUAAGUUUGUCAAUAUUGUUCGAAGUAGACCGAACGAUGAAUCUGCAACUAAUGGUAUAAAAACCAUUUGGGGGGUGAAGAUAAACGAUUCUUGUAUUACAAACAUUCCUUGUUUCUGCUGUAUUAAUGAUAAUGAUAAUAAACGUCGACAUUUUGUUUAA